UCUAAUAGGCAGCGCAGUGUCCCGUCAACCUGCAACUAACUCCUCUAUGUUUCCCUAUCAGGUUUUGAUCAGCCAGUUGGAUGAAGGACCUAAAUGUGGUGGGGUUUUGGUAGCAGAGAGAUUUAUUGUGACUUCAGCAACCUGUGUUCUAGACUUUGGAGGCAUAAAGAAAUUCCUGGAAGAGGCUGUACUGUAUGGAGGAGGGACGAGUUUGUUGUUCGAUUUUGGCGAUGUGGUCGAUGCAGUCAUUCAUCCUCAAUACACAGUGAAUCCUAUGGCUUAUGAUGUAGCUCUAGUGAAGUACAAUCUUCAAGAAAAUGGACCACGUCUAAAAUCUGCGGUAUUCAAUGGUAGUGCCAGUGAAGAAACAGUAUGCGUCAUAUCCUCUUGGUGGGAAACGGAGGACAAGUGGCCUGAACAUCUGGUGUGGAUGUCAGUUUCUCAGAUACCAUGCUCUCCACCUGAGCCGAACUUGAUCUGCUUUACUGAUGAAAAUCUAUUUCAUAAGUAUGACCUGGGAAGCCCGGUGGUGUGCGGUGGCGUACUGACAGGCUUGGCUCCACGUGGAGGAGGUAGCAAAGCCAUCAACCUCACCUCGGACUACUGGUGGAUCGCAGAUACCAUGGCGGAACUGGCAGUCACCCAAGUACUUCACAAUUCCACAGAAGACCAGGACCCAAAAGUGUACUUCCUCCAAAUUUUAGAAAAACUUAACCUCCUUAGUGACGCAAAGUCUGACUCUGAUCGAGAUCGUCUUACGAACUGGAAUAACCAGAUAGUGAUUCCUAUGAGUUACGUGCUCUUCGCUAUGGUUAUAUUCUUCUUUGUUCUCUUGUUUUUUAUCAUUCUGUUUACUGUUGUGUUAGUUUACUAUAGCAGAAAAUAAAAAGUCCCAACUAUUGCUAUGGGAUCACCUCUUUCGUUUUAAGAGACGAUCUUGAAGAAUAUGAAAGGAAUAGUAAUAAUGUUUAAGUAUGUGUACAAACUUUAUCUCACCUGAAGGAAUAUAAGCUAUCUCUUAUUUAACAACCGUCACUCAUGUUCUCUUACAUUUUUCUUGAUGCCGCAUUUACUGAAAAAUUGUAUCGUUCCUCUCUAUUCUUUGGAAAAUGUAUCUGGUUCAAUUAAUCAACAAUUUAUGUGGCCAUUACACACACAGUUGAUGCUAUAUGUCAUAGGUUUAAAACAAUGGUAACUAAAUAUAACAUGAUUUAUAUUAUAUUUAUAAUAAUACCUAAGAGGUAACACUAUAAUUACGAUUAACAAAUCAUGUCACUAAAAUUAAAACUCAGAUACUCGCUUAGGAGUAAAAUGCCAUUUCUUAUAAUCCAUUGUGUUAUUUUAAUGCCAUCUCGUAAGUAGAUUUGUAAAGUCAAUUAUAUCACCUAACAAAGAGAAGUAUUUAUUACAAAAAACAACAUCCUCUUGAUAUUUGUAGCUGCACAACGAUGUACUUAACCAUUGGAAAGGAGUACAAUAUUGUGUGUGUUCUUAGUGAUGUAUGAAUGAUUAUUGAAGUACUCAAGUAAGAAUUACUAUGACGGUAUUGCAACUGUUAAAAUUAUUUUUACACUUAAUUAAAUUAAAAACUAUAUACAGGCUAGACACACGAUUCAUCUCUGUAAUUCUGACCAGUUCCAAGUGACCUCUUCUUUAAUUAUAAGUAUUAUUCUAUAACUCAUACUUAUUUUAAUUCAACUGUUUGCUUGAAUCUAAUGCUAAAAUAAUUACAAUUUUAUUUUAAUUUCUCUUAUGCGUUCUAGUUAAAACUUGUUCUGUAUAAAAUAAAACUUCUUUUCAAUUUGA